CAUCUACCAAAAAUAAAAGGAUAGUGUUAUGACCAUGGCUUCAUCACUUUUUGUGCCUUCAUCUACAAUGGAAGAAGAAGCCAGAUUCGAAUCCGAAGUAGCCGAGGUACAAGCAUGGUGGAACUCAGAGAGGUUCAGACUAACCCAAAGACCAUACUCAGCAAAAGAUGUAGUUUCUCUAAGAGGAAACCUAAGACAAACCUAUGCUUCAAAUGAGUUAUCCAAAAAGCUAUGGAGACUUCUCAAAACACACCAAACAAACAGAACAGCAUCAAGAACAUUUGGUGCACUUGAUCCAGUUCAAGUUACUCAAAUGGCAAAACACUUGGACACAAUUUACGUCUCAGGUUGGCAAUGUUCAUCCACACACACAACAACCAAUGAACCUGGUCCUGAUCUUGCCGAUUAUCCUUACGACACUGUCCCGAACAAAGUUGAACAUCUUUUCUUUGCUCAACAAUAUCAUGACAGAAAACAAAGAGAAGCGAGGAUGAGUAUGAGUCGGGAAGAACGAGCAAGGACGCCGUUUAUUGAUUAUUUGAGGCCAAUUAUAGCUGAUGGUGACACUGGCUUUGGCGGCACGACAGCUACUGUUAAGCUUUGUAAGCUUUUUGUCGAACGCGGUGCUGCGGGAAUUCACAUUGAGGAUCAAUCUUCUGUGACGAAAAAAUGCGGUCACAUGGCCGGGAAAGUUUUGGUUGCAAUAAGUGAACAUAUUAAUAGGCUUGUUGCUGCUAGGCUUCAAUUUGAUGUUAUGGGUGUUGAAACUGUUUUGGUUGCUAGAACCGAUGCCGUUGCUGCUAAUCUUAUUCAAUCCAAUAUUGAUACAAGGGACCAUCAAUUUAUUUUGGGCGUGACGAAUCCAAAUUUGAAGGGAAAGAGUUUGGCAACAGUUAUGGCAAAGGGAUUUGCGGCCGGAAAGAAUGGAGCUGAGCUUCAGGCAUUGGAGGAUCAUUGGUUGUCGAAUGCGCAAUUGAAGACUUUCUCGGAAGCGGUUAUAGAUGCAAUUAAGAAUCAAAAUGUUAAUGAGGAUGAGAAAAGGAGGAAGUUGAAUGAGUGGAUGCAUUUUUCGAGUUACGAGAAGUGUCUUUCCAUUGAGGAAGGUAGAGAAAUAGCUGAGAGAUUUGGUGUGAGAAAUCUCUUUUGGGAUUGGGACUUACCUAGAACUAGAGAAGGGUUUUAUAGGUUUAAGGGAUCUGUUACCGCAGCUAUUGUUCGCGGUUGUGCUUUCGCGCCACACGCUGAUCUUAUAUGGAUGGAAACAGCGAGUCCGAAUGUGGUUGAGUGCACACAAUUUUCUGAAGGUAUGAGAUCAAAAUGGCCACAAAUGAUGCUUGGUUACAAUCUUUCGCCGUCUUUUAAUUGGGAUGCUUCUGGUAUGAGUGAUGUGGAAAUGAAAGAUUUCAUUCCUAAGAUAGCUCAAUUAGGGUAUGUUUGGCAGUUCAUAACUGUUGGUGGUUUGCACUCUAAUGCAUUAAUCACUUCAACAUUUGCAAAGGAUUUUGCGAAUCGAGGAAUGUUAGCUUAUGUCGAAAGGAUUCAGAGAGAGGAGAGGAACAAUGGUGUUGAUACACUUGCUCAUCAGAAAUGGGCUGGUGCUAAUUACUACGAUCGGUACCUUAAAACUAUCCAGGGAGGUGUCGCGUCAACCGCUGCAAUGGGAAAAGGAGUAACUGAAGAUCAAUUUAAAGAAACAUGGACUAGGCCAGGAGCAGUGGGCAUUGAUAGAGGAAAUGGAAACAUGGUGGUUGCUAAGGCCAGAAUGUGAAAGAGCUAUACUUUUGCUGAACUAUGCUACUAAGUGAUGAAUUUGGGUGAAAUUCCAAUAAUUUAUCAAUGUGUGUAUUGGAUUGGAAUAAAUGUGUAAUAUAAUUAAAUAGGCCAUUAAAUCAUUGUCGUAUUUUUUGGCUGCAUAAUUUCUAUUAUUUCCUACAUUCUUCAAACUCUCAAGCCUUAAUAUGGGCAAGGUGGGAAAGAAGACUAGUAAUAUGUGUGUUUGUAAUUUGUU